CACCACAUCAUUUGGAAGAAUGUCUAGAUGGACUUUUUCUUCCAAGUGAAGUAGAACUUUGUCAGGUAAUGGUAUUGCCAAAAGCAGAAUGGGAAAGGAUUCAGGGCAGUCUUGGCAGCGCAGCUAGAGAAGCAGCACACGUCCUUGCUGAGAAGAAGAAACGCGAAGAAAUGCACUUACGCUCCAAAGCUGCUGUAAAAGACUGGCCCGAUACCAUUAUGGGCCUGGCACAACAGAAACUUAAAGCCAGAAAAUUACGUGAAGAAAGAGAAGAGGAAGAAAGAAAGUUACUUGACUUGGAGGAAAAACAGUUCCAAGCAGCAAAACGGAAGGAGGCUCUUGAUCGUGCAAAAACCUAUCUAUACUAUCAGAACGAAAGAGUGAAACAAUUACAUAGCGCACUUCUACUUGCUGAGGUCCUAAAAGAAAGAGAUGCUCAAGUUGCAUUUAAAAAGUUAAAGUCAGGUGUUAACAAGAAGGAUGACAAAAAGGAACAUGAAUGUAAAGAAGCUAUUCUCAGAGAGCAAGAAGAGGCACGUCAGCGUUAUAUGAAUCAACAGGCGUUACGCAGAGAUCAGCUGCAACAAAUAAAAGAGCACAAGCAUCAGGCAAAUCUGGCCAAGCUAGAAGCCAUAAGAGAAGGAGAAGAAAUAGACAGGUUGAACCGAUUGUACCAGUUGGAAAUUCAGGAAAAAAUGGAAAAGGAACAGCAGGAAAAACUUGAACGCCGAAGGCUGUAUCAUGAGUAUGUAAUGGACCAGAAAAUAAUCAAAGCAGUAGAGGAACAGAAACAAAUGGAAGAAGAUGAUCGGAUUAAAGCUCAUUUUAAAGCAAAGGAAACUAUUGCCAAGCUGAUAAAAAAGAAAAAAGCUGAAAUGCGUAGACAAACAGAGGAACGCCAGGACAAAAUCUUUCACCAAUUAGCUGCACAAAUGAAUGUGGCAUUAAAGAGUGAAGACAAUCGUCUUGCUAGAGAUAUUGCAAAAAAAGAAGCUGAACAUGAAAAAAAACGCCAAGAGAAAGAAGCCAAAGUAAAGGCAGCCAUUGAAUCUAUUGCUGAGCACAGAGCCACUGUGAUGAAGAUGAAAGAGGAAAAGAAGAAAGAGGAAAAAGCAGAGGAUAAAAGAGAACUUGAUGCCUUAGUGGAAGAGAAUCAUAUUUACUUGGAAAUGGAAAAAGCCAAGAAACAAAGACAACGUGAUGCAAGCACGGAAGUACAAAAAAUUCAGAUCCAGCAGAUGGCUGAAAAGCAGGCAAAAAAACAGCAGGAAAAGCAAGCAGACUUGGACUACGAUGCUGAGACAAAGGUUAUUGCACUUUGUAAGGAGCAUGAAUUUCAGAGUUAUGCAAAGAAAGUAAUUGAAUCGGAGUCCAAGACUACACAUCAUCUUUAUCCUCUUCUCAAAGCAUGCAAAGAUGGAAGAGGACUUGGACAUGGGCCGCUUUCCAGAGGAAGAGAAGGAAGAGAUACUAGUUUUCAAGAACAGGAUGGUGCUGGGAUACAGUUACCUCGUUGUAGCUGUACUACCGCUCCAGAAGUUAAAAACGUGAAAUAA